CACUUUUUCAGAUGGCUCGGUAUCCGGUUAGAGACAAUAGGCAAUAUUAUAAUUUUCUUUGCAGCUUUAUUUGCUGUUUUGGAAAGAGAUACAUUGGAUCCUGGAAUUGUUGGUCUCUCCAUUAGUUAUGCUUUACAGAUUACAGGGGUGCUGAACUUUGCAGUACGGAUGGCCACAGAUAUUGAGACAAACAUUGUCUCAGUCGAGAGGAUUAAAGAGUACUCUGAAAUUCCUCAGGAAGGAGCAUGGGAAGUUCAGCCCCGACCUGACCCAAAGUGGCCAGUUCAUGGUACUGUCGAGUUCAAGGACUUCCAAGUACGUUAUCGAGCGGGCCUGGAAUUGGUGCUGAGAGGUGUCUCCUUUGUCAUCAAGGGCCAAGAAAAGAUUGGUAUAGUUGGUCGAACUGGAGCAGGCAAGUCCUCUCUCACUUUGAGUCUGUUCCGUAUAAUAGAAGCUGCUGGGGGACAUAUUUACAUUGAUGGUCUGGACAUCUCCAAGAUUGGACUGGGAGAUCUCAGGUCCAGGCUUACCAUCAUUCCUCAGGAUCCAGUACUUUUUUCUGGUUCUCUUCGAAUGAACUUAGAUCCAUUUGAGAUGUACAAUGACUCAGACCUUUGGCAUGCUCUGGACUUGGCACAUCUUGGACUAUUUAUCCGUUCCCAGCCUCAGAAGUUAUUCCAUACAAUCUCUGAGGGUGGGGAUAACUUGAGUGUUGGCCAGCGACAGUUGGUAUGCCUGGCUCGAGCACUGCUGCGGAAGACUCAGAUAUUGAUCCUGGAUGAGGCCACAGCCGCCAUUGACUUGGAGACUGAUGACUUGAUACAGCAAACAAUACGUGAGGAGUUCAAGGAUUGUACAGUGCUCACAAUAGCUCACAGGCUCAACACCAUCAUUGACUCUGACAGAGUUAUAGUGCUGGAUGAAGGAAAGGUGAAAGAAUUUGAUUCACCAUCAAAUCUUCUCAAACAGCCAACAUCAAUAUUUUAUGGACUGGCAAAGCAUGCUGGUCUUAUAUGAUAUUAUCUUGGCUAUGUCUUUUUAUGAAAUCGUCACCGCUGGAGUAACGAUAAGUUCUCAUAUUGCUAUCAGAACUUAUACACAAGUGAAUUUACAAACUCAUUUGUUGUGCAAGCAGCACUGAAUUAUUUUUGUUGAUAAUUUGACGUCAUGCCCUCCAAAAUCAGCGGCACAGGAAUCUUCCCCUAGGAAAUUGUUGAGCUUUAGGACCUCAUAAAUGAGUUCUAGCCUAAACUAAACUACUACGUGCAAUUGUAUUGUUUUGAGGGGGCUUGAGUCUACAGAGCCCCCCUUUAUAUUCAUCCAUGAGACUAUUCGGAAGGUUAACUAAUUCCAAUUAGAUAAGAUUAUAGCUACAUAAAUGGGUCAUAAUGAAUCUUCUUUAGUACUCUCUUUUUCUUUGAAAAAAUUCCUAAAUUUGACAAUAAUGGUUUAAAAAAGUAUUUUGCUUAUAAUUUGAUUUUGAAAUUGUAGGUAGAUUAAAAAUCUACUUGUUGGAAUCAACCUAACAUCUGGCAGAACAUAUUGAAAAUGUGUUAAUAUCUACAGCUGUUAUAACCCUCUGACCCCAAAACUAACCCUUGCGACUACUUAAUCUCAAAAGACUAAAUUGUUGUAUAUAUAAUGGGCCAAAAUAAUUCAAAGUGAUG